AUGAACUCGUCAUCGGAGCAGCCCGCCGCCCUGGAGGAGGGCCGGCGCAUCUACCUGGGCAACCUUCUCUACAGCAUCCAGCCCGUCGACAUCGAGGAAAUGCUGAAAGACAAUGGCUUUGAAGGGUACGAAAAGAUUCACAUCUCGAUGGACCCGGUCUCGGCUCGUAAUCCUGGAUACUGCUUCGUCGAUUUCUCUGAGCGCGCAGACGCUGAGCGGGCACUAUCUUCUCUUGACGCGCGCCUCCGUGGUAGACCACUCAAGGUCGGCCCAUGCGAGCCCAAGAAGCAGAACCGGAGCCGGUGGCAAAGCGACAGAGAGCCUGCUUUCAACAGGUGGGGAGACUGGUCUGGGUCGCGGGGUGAGGGCGGCGAUGAGGCUGGCAGAUCACCGGCGCGGACCGGUAGGAACGGCGGCAUUGAGAGCGGACCGUACGGCGCCAUCAAGCACUUCGACGAGGGCGUUGCGACGGAAGGGGAUGGAAGGAGACUCUAUGUUGGAGGGUUGGGUGCUAUGGUUGAUCAGGCGCAGCACCAGGAUGAGCUGCAACAAAUUCUCGAGGGCCACAAGCCACUAGCCAUCAGCAAGCGCAUCACUCCCCAUGAGUCUACUAGGGCCAAGGGCGGUGAACACCACUACUGCUUCGUCGAUUUCGCGACAGCUGAAGAGGCGGAUGCAGCAAGGAACGCGCUGGACCGCACGGUCUGGGGAACCGGUCGUUUGCGCGUAAACGUUGCUCGCGGUCUGCCCGACAAGCUCAAGGAUCGUACGACGCCGUCGGAUGUUCAAAAUGAGAAGGACAACGGUGAGCGCUCGGCUUGGCGGAAGCCCAGAUAUGAGAAUUCGAGUCGCGACAACAGCACGAGAUCUUCUCAACCGCUGAGAUCAGCAGCAUCGGGGAAUUGGCGGCAAAAGGAGCCUUCAACUUGA